AUGACCUCUCCACUCUUUCCUUCUUUUCGCCCUCGUUCUCUUCCACCACCCUUCUUUCUCAGGCGAACCGUACACCAACUGCACCGCGCUCAACCCAUUCGUGCAGUGGCAACUGCAGCCGCUGCUCCCUGCCGCACCCCCUCCUUCACUCUCACCUCACCAGCCCUCCUUGCCGUGGUACCACCAUCCGCCCUCUCGCCCAUCUGUGUGUGGACCUCCCUCUCCGCCAUAGCCCCUGGUCGCACACAAGCAACAGCCCUCCUACCAUUGCCGCCACGCACAAAACCCGCUGAUGCUGACGCCCCUGACAGUGCAGAAAAGGCAGUGGGGGGCGCAGAAGGUUCGAGUGAGGGCGUGCAGGGGGAGUGGGCGGUGGCGGGGUAUGAGGCGAUGCGUGUGGUGCAGGCAGGGGAUGGGUGGCGCCAGGGCGGCUAUGGGCUGCCGGACUCGCUUGCUGCCUCUGCUGCAUCUGCCAUCCCUGGAAGGCAAGCAGACUUGUCCGCAGCAGCAGGUGCGGAUUCCCUACCAUCAGCAGCAUCAGCAUCAGUACCGGGAGCAGUAGCUGCAGCGCUGGGCAUCGGGGCAGGGCUGUCAGUGCCGGCUCUCCUGCUGGCGCCAGGGGCGUCCAUGGCCCUCGCCCUCUCAGGCGGGCCCGACAGGUGGAUCCCAGGCAGGCAGUUCCUGGACCACGUGCAUGUGGCGGCCGUGGGGGCGGAGACGGGGCCGCUGGUGGCAGGCGAGGCGGAGGAGAAAGGAGGGGAGGGGCGGAGGGAGGGCGAGAAGGGAGGGGAGGUGGAGGUGGAGCAGGUGGGGGGGCGGGGUGGCAGGGGGUAUGUGGUGCGGUGUGGGGGCAACGAGGCGUUCAAUGGCAGCUACCGUGUGACCUUCACCAGAGGCCACCAGCCGUCCUCGCAUGCCUCGCCCGCCACCCUGCCCUCCGCGUCCAUCAUGCUGCACUGCGCGAUGCCUGCUGCUGCCGCCAUCCUGCUUGAUGACUCCAGUGCGUCCUGCCCGUCCCUGCCUCUCAUGCCUCCCCCUGCCUCUCAUGCGCCCCCCUGCCUCUCUGUCACUCUCGUCUUGGGAUCCCCUCACUCACUAUGCUUUCCUCCCCGUACUACCUCGUUCCCGUCUGGCCUUCGUCCCUCUCAGUCCCUGUGCUGUGCCUCCUCCCUUUCCGCUUUCCCCCUCACCACCGCAGCUCGCCUCCCUGCAGCCAUAGCAGCAUCAGCAGCCUCAUGCCAUCCACCAACGGGAGAAUGCCACGUGGCACCAAUCACCCUUGUGACACAUCAGCACGUGCGGCUGGUCGCUGCAGCCCUCUCCUCCUCCAUUGCGCCCUUCGCCAACGCGUCCAGCCAAUGGCUGCAUGCCACGUGGCAGCUGGAGGGGUGUGAUGACAUGGCAUGGUGGGGCGCGGACGAGAGCAGCAACGGGGGAGUUGGUUCAGGGGAGGAGUGGAGCAGAUGGGUGCACACAGGCGACAAUGGAGGCGAGGUGUCAGUGGCUGACGUGGCAUGGGUGCGCCUGCAUCCCGAGGGCGCACAGCCGUCCACGUCAGCAGGGGCGGGCGAGUGGUGGGUGCAGGUGGGCGCUGUGGCGCGCAUCACAGUGACAGUGGGGGACGACCGCGCCCGCCUCUUCCCCGCCUCGCAGUUCGCAUGGAUGGGGUUGGAGGCGCACGGCAUGGCGGGCGUGGUCGCCCUGCACUUGCCCUGCUCACGCCCCUCUGCUGCUGGGGAUGACGUGGCAUGCUCUGAUUCGCUGGAGCUCACAGGGACUGCUGUGGGGGUCACCACUGCCUUCCAGGUGAGCGCGGGCAUUCACGCGUCCACACGGAGGGUGUUUUCAGACGCCGUGCGCAUCACCGUGUAUGCGCCCCUCGCCCUGCACCCGCCCUCGCUCACCCUCGCCCCGGGAGCAUCAUACAUGCUGCAAGCCACAGGCGGUCCCUCCUCCCCAACCACGACCAUCGCAUUCGCCUCCUCCAAUGCUGACGUGGCGCACGUCGAUUCGUCUUCUGGCCUCGUCGCAUCCCGAGCGCCUGGCACAGCUGUCAUCCGAGCCAUGGCGCUAGGCUCGGCAGGGCAGGUGUUGAGCAUUGCCGAGUCUCGGGUGGAGGUUCGGGUGAUGGAGGCGGUGGGACUGAGUGUGGGCAGCGGGCAGCUGGCAGUGGGCGAGGAGAUGGCCGUGUUUCCCACCGGGGGCAUGAGGUGA